ACCUGCAUGGCAUCGUUUUUGUUUAGAACCAUGGCCAUUUACUUUCUCGUUAUGAGUUUUGACAUUUUAUCACGAUGGCUUGCUACUUGAAUUUCGCAAUUAAUAUAAAUAUGGUUUAUACGAGCAAAGUUUUUGAUGAGCUCAACGUAUGAAGUAGCACUAUUGACAGUUCCAGUGUCCAACAACUAUGUUACGGAAAAUAACCAGCGUGUGAAACUACUUGAUGCUGUGCUUGUAAAGUGACCAUGUAGGCAUAAAAGGUAUUAACAAGAUAUGCAACAUUUCUUUCUACUUUUAAUAUGAAAGUCAUGCUAUUAAAUCUAAUUAUGUGCUGUCUUUGUGUCAUUUGAAUGGAACAGAUGAAAACAAAACGUUUUGUUCUACUUCUUGCUUGUGUUUUAUGUACCACUGUUGUUGUUCUCCUCUAUGGAGAUCCAUCGGUUCAACCUUCUAUUCAAAAUUUGGUGACAGAAACUCACACUCGUAUUGCUCAUUGGAAAUCCUUUCAGGCUAGUAGCGAUGCAUUAAAAGUCCCGGAUCCAGAAGAAAAGUAUUUAAAGAAACUUGGAUUCCAUGUUGAUGAACCUCGAUUAUAUCCUAAGAGCCGAUGGUCAAAUGUCUCUUUGCCUGUUUUCUUGACAGCAGUUUCAUCUAGUGAUGCUAAUUUCAUCAUUGGCUUCCUGAAGUCUUUCCAACAUUUCUUCCCGAAUUCCUUAUUGGUUAUAUAUGAUUUGGGUAUAAAUCCAUCAGAAUACUCAUUGAUCAACGGGAUUUGCAAUUCAUCGAACUGUAUCCUUAGAACUUUUGAUUUUAAUUCAUAUCCUUCUCAUAUUAGAAAUCUGCAAAUGUUUGCUUAUCGACCGAUUAUAAUCCAGGAGGUUUUAAAUGAAGCUGGAGCUGUAAUUAUGAUGGAUGUGCAAUAUGUAUUUACAUCAGGAGAAAUACAUAAUAUUUUGAGUCAAGCUGAGAAAGAUGGACUUGUUUCAUGGACCAUCAACCAGCCUACAUCAGCUUUAACUCAUCCACGUAUGUUUGAUUAUUUCAACACCAAACAAGAGAAAUACUUUUUUCACAGAAUGGUGCAGCCAAAUCACAUUGUGUUAUAUAACUUAAAUUCCAUUCAUUUUGGUUUGAUGUUUCCUUGGGUUAAGUGCGCUCUUGUUCCAAAUUGUAUUGCACCGAUUGGUGCCCAAAAUUCUGGUUGCAGGUUUGAUAAAAAACCUCUCUAUCGUUAUUCUGGCUGCCAUCGUUAUGAUAUGUCUGCUUUAAAUGUUGUUCUUGGCCUUAUGUUUGACUUUUCAUCUAGUCAUUAUGCUGCCAGAGAAGAAUUUAAAUUUUUUCGCCAUGUGGAUAUUGAAAAAGAAUUGACACUGGACUCUGAAAAAAAUUCUACAGUUUUUCCUGAUUCCGCUUGAAAACACUUUUUAUUAGAUCUUUUGAAAAUUUCUGUACAUUCCUUGUCUUGUAAUGUGUGUAUACUUAUUAAAACAAGUUUGAUUAAUUAGUGUUUUUCUUACAACCACCAAAUAUGAAAAUUACAAACUCUUUUGUUUGUCAGUGAUAAGAAUGAACAAAUUAUUUUGUCUUUAUGUAUUUUAUGAUGGACUUUUGAAGUGAAAUUUUUGUAAAAUAUCCUUGCUUGUUGUAUUUUACAUGAACUAAUAUGUACAUAAAAAUUGUGCUUUCCUGUAUGUUAUAGUUGUCUUAUCUCAGUAUCAUUUCAAAAGAUUGGGGGAAAAAACUAAGGGCACAUACAAAUUCUGCAGUAAAACUCUGUUUUAACAAAUUAAUGAUUGUGAAGUCGUUAUCUGGCAUAAAAUGGGAAAAUGUACAAUGAAAAUUAAGAACAUUGUUUUGUAACUAUGAGUUUAUUACAAGAAAAUGCAGUUAAAGUAUGUAAAAUCCAAUGAGUAUUAAGUUUCCUAUUGUAAUAAUCGUCUUCAGGAAUAAUGUGAGUGGUAAUUUGCUGAAAAUAGUCUCCAUGGACUGACUGCAAAAAAAUUCAUUAGGAAUGUACUGAAAGUUUUUAAUAUAUCAAAUUGUUUGAUGCUUCUAUUUUCAGGGAGUGUAUUCACUUUCAUAGAUGCAAAUUUUUGUCGAGGUGAUUUAUAAAUAACUGGAGAUAUUUGAAUGUUAUUUUUGACAAUGAUUUCACAAUUCAUUAUGUUUGCAUUCAGUAGCAAUAUGAUUCAUUUAAUUACAUCAUAAAGCUUGUAUUUGCUUUUGAAUAAUGAAAUUUAAUAAAAAUGGGAGAUAAUUGU